AGGCCUGACGUCACUACAAACGCCUGCUGUGUUCUCCGCUUGAAUUGCAGAGCGAGUGGACGACGAGAGGCAGCAGGAAGGCAACUUUUGGACCGGAAUAACCCAAAAGAGAAUAAAUAUGGCUCAGAUAACAAGCGAGGGAGCCGAACGUGAUUCUCAGCCGACGGUGGAGCACAAUGCCAACGGAGAAACCGCUGAUACCGGCGUUGAGGGACAGGCCGUGUCGAACUCCAAACAGGAACCGGAUAACAAUAACGAGAACGGCUUAGGAAUGGAGGUUAGUGGUGGUCGCGGGGGUGCCGGAACAGAAAAGCAGGGCAGCUCGUCGCUCGUUGACGACCGCGUCAAAGAGACUGCGUCCCCGGGUGAAGGACGAGACUACGGCGGGGACGGCAAACUAUCCGAGCCGGGCAAGAGUCCGGCACAGGGGAGUCUGGCGAGUAGCACGGAGUCGGCCCAAGAGGGCUCCCGGGUGCUGAAACAAGAACAAAGGGAGGGAGGGAACGGGUCUCCCGAGCGCACAAAGGCCGCGGAGAAACACGAGCACGCCGCGAAAAGACGAGCCAGCGUGGAAGUGACCUCGUCGGACGGAGAGCCGCUCAGUCGGAUGGAUUCAGAGGACAGUAUCAGCAGCACCCUAAUGGACUUGGAGAGCAUCGCGUCGAGUGGCCGUUCCACCCCAGCAAUGUUCACCAGUCACGGCGGGGCCAUGGUCGCGGGCAACGGCUCGAUGCCAGUGAACGGCAAGUCGUUGAGCUACACGUGCUGUUGGGAUCACUGCCAGGUGCAGUUUUCCUCCAGUCCCGAUCUGGCCGAUCACAUCCGAGCCACGCAUGUGGACGGACAGAGAGGAGGAGUCUUUGUGUGUCUGUGGAAGGGCUGUAAAGUUUACAACACGCCAUCCACCAGUCAAAGCUGGCUGCAGAGACACAUGUUGACUCACAGCGGCGACAAGCCGUUCAAGUGUGUGGUCGGAGGCUGCAACGCCACAUUUGCCUCUCAGGGUGGGCUGGCACGGCACGUGCCCACUCAUUUCAGCGCCCAGGGUUCGUCCAAAGUUUCCAAUCAAGGCAAAGUGAAGGAGGAGUCUCCGUCAAAGGCCGGCCUCAACAAGAGGAGGAAGCUCAAGAACAAGCAUAGACGCUCGCUCCCCCGACCUCAUGAUUUCUUUGAUGCCCAGACCAUGGACGCCAUCCGCCAUCGAGCUAUAUGCCUCAACUUGGCCACACACAUAGAGAGCCUUGGAAACGGACACAGCGUCGUGUUCCACAGCACGGUAAUAGCAAGGAGGAAAGAAGAAUCCGGCAAAGUGAAAGUCCUUUUGCACUGGACACCCGAAGACAUCUUGCCUGACGUUUGGGUGAAUGAAAGUGACAGACUGCAGCAGAAGACCAAAGUUGUGCAUCUGUCCAAGCUACCAGCCGACACAGCUGUUCUCCUGGAUCCCAGCAUUUACAGGAUGUUCUUCUAAGGAUUUGUUGUAGUCCUGAAGCCCAACUAUAUACAAAGAUUUAUUCUGACUGCUUCUUUAUUUUUUUUAUUUUUUUUUUUGGGGGGGGGGAGUUUAGAGACUUAUUUUCCAUGGUUUUCUGAAGCCAUGCCUGUUAGGUGCUCAAUUACGUAUGAUAUUUAGGGAUAUGUUACUCUUAAUGUAACUAGGUUCAAAACAGAGGAGUCAUUGUAGAUAGGCAUUUGUAGAGAGAAGCUGUCUUUGUAAAUACUUAAGAUUUGUAAUAUAUUUUUUUACCUUUUUUAUUUUUUGUUGUUUUCUCAAAAUGAACCGUAGCUGUUGUGUACCUUUUCUAACAAACAUUAUAAAAUAGCUGCUGUGGUUGGAUGUCACUAAAUAGUUCACUCCCGGUGUCAUUUGAAAUUCUUUCUUCUUUUAGAAGGGAAAGUGUUGAGGUAUUUAUCAGGUAUGUCGGGGUCGUGAAACUUACUGUGAUAAUCGUAAUUAGUGCUGUACUGCCUUUUGUCCCAUUUGCGUUUUUUUUAUGAAAUGUGGCAAGCUGUUAAACGAUUUAAUGCCAUCCCUUUUUAAUAUGAGACUCUCAAAGAAAUUCGUCUGUCUACUGUAUUGUUCCAGUGUACUUUGUAUUUGCUUAGGUACAUAAAGUUCCCAAAUUUGAAGCUGAA